AUGGGUAUCGGCCUCAAUGGUGUUGGUUUCGUGGGUGUUUUCUGUUCCAUGUUUCCCAUCAUCUGGUUCGGUCGCCGACGCGCCUGGAUGUACGGCCUAACCUACAACAUCGCUUGUCUGUGGGUCGUGGCGUUCAUGUGUCUUGGCCCUGACUACAAAACCAACCAAGCCUAUUCCUGGGCCCAGGCAUCUAUCUUAAUUACGAUGCAACUCGUCUAUUCUCUUACCAUUGGACCGUUGGCAUAUGUCAUUUCGUCCGAGGUUCCCUCGACGAGGCUCCGGGCAAAGACGUUUUCACUCACCGCCACUUUCAACGGAAUGUCAUACUUGGUCAUCACUGUUGCUGGCCCUUACCUUUUGAAUCCCGGGUCCGCCAAUGCUGGCGCCAUGAUCGAGCUUUUGUGGGGUGGGCUUAGUUUAUUCUCGUUUGCUUGGAGCUUUUUCCGUCUCCCAGAGACUGGAGACCGCACCUUUGAGGAGAUUGAUUACCUGUUUGAGCAUCGUGUUCCCGCACGCAAGUUUCGGGGCUAUAUCAUUGACGAAACAAAUGUCUUUCCGAAUAUGAAGAACAAGGAAUCGAUUUGA